AGGAGCCGCCGCCGCGGGAAGGGGCCCCGUUGGCCCAAGGGGUGUCGCCACCGCACGAGACGUCCCCACGGACAGAGGAGCCGCCGCUGCCCGCAGGGCCCGGGGGGCUCCCAGCCGCCGUCCCCUCGUCGGACUCGUCGGACAGCAGGUGGGUGUGCGGAGCCCCGUGCCGCAGCGCCCUGCGGGGCCUCGUCUCCCUUCUGCCCCAUGGCAGCGCCCUGCGCUGGUGGCUUCCCGUCUGCAGGGACCUCCAAUGGCUGCAGGGAGAACCCUGUGGACCUCCCAAGCUGAUCUGGGGUUGUUUUGCUCUUGGGUUGAGUCUAGACCAGGUGUACUUUGCCAUAGGUGAUACAGAUUCAGAUAGCUCAUCAACUACAUCUUCCUCAUCCUUGCAUUCUCCUUCAGCAAUAUCAGAUGAUGAUCACCCAAAUGAUAAGGAUAACAGAUCUUACAGCUUUAAACCAAAAGAUGAGUUGCCACUUGAAGAACUGCCUCCUGUUGAGGACUUAUCAAUAAUUCUGCCUGAUGAGGUUGAGCUGAAGCUCUUUGGAACAGUUUCAAGCAUUAUCGGACACUUAGUAAUAAUUGAAUCUCUGAGAGGUCUACCUCCAGUAAAUGAAGACAGCAUAAUUUUUAAAGAAGAUCGACAAGCAGCAGGCAAGAUAUUUGAGAUAUUUGGUCCUGUUUUACAUCCUUUUUAUGUACUGCGGUUUAACAGCUCUGAGCACAUCAAAGUGAAAUGUAUUAAUGUGCAAGACAGCAUGUAUUUUGCUCCAUCAGUGCAAGACUUCACCCAGUAUAUAUUUGCAGAGAAAUUAACACAGUGAGUCUGACUUCUUUUCUA